UGUAAUAGCUGCUUAAAAAAUGGAAAUUUCAACUAAUAAUAUUAAUAAUUUGGUGAAAUGCCUCCAAGCCACCUUAAGUCCUGAUCCUAAUGAACGCAAACAAGCUGAAAACUUCUUACUUUCAAUUGAAUGUAAUAAAAAUUAUCCAUUAUUAUUACUCCACAUUAUCAGCGCACCAAAUGAUGUAAAUGUUGAUUUGGUUAAAAAAAUUGGAGCAGUUACAUUUAAGAACUAUAUAAAACGAAAUUGGCCUAUUGAUGAAGACACUCUUCAAAACAAAAUACACCAAGAAGAUCGUGUAUUAAUUAAAGAACAGAUUGUGACUGUUAUGUUGAGUGCUCCAGAUGCUGUUCAAAAGCAAUUAAGUGAUGCUAUUUCACUGAGCAAAUAUGAUUUUCCAGACCAAUGGCCAAAUUUAUUGACAACAAUUAUUGAAAACUUUGCUGUAUUUGCUAAUGCACCAACAGGUGAUCUAACACCUAUUAAUGGAGCUUUAGAAACUGCUCAUUCUUUGUUUAGAAAAUAUAGAUAUGAGCUUAAGUCUCAAAAACUUUGGACCGAAAUAAAAUUUGUCUUAGAUACUUUAGCUAAACCUCUAACUGAAUUAUUUGUUCUUACUAUGAAUUUAUGUGAAGUUUCAAAGGAUCCUAAAGUUUAUAAUGUAAUACUUGUACUGACUAAGAUAUUUUUUUCAUUAAACUAUCAAGAUCUUCCAGAAUUUUUUGAAGAUAAUAUGCAAAUUUGGAUUAGCAAUUUCCAGAAAUUGUUAGAAUUAGAAAUUAAAGAAUUGGAAACUGAGAGUGAUGAUGAGACUGGUGUAUUGCAUCAAAUUCAAUCACAAAUUUGUGAAAAUAUUUCGUUAUAUGCCCAAAAAUAUGAAGAAGAAUUUUCAUCUUAUAUGCGAUCAUUAGUUACAAUUAUUUGGAAAUUAUUGAUCAAGACUGGAUCUCAACCAAAAUAUGAUACACUUGUUAUAAAUGCCCUACAAUUUUUGUCAACAACUGUUAUCAAACCACAGUAUCGUGACCUCUUUGAUGAUCCAUCAGUUUUUUCUGCUAUUUGUGAAAAAGUUGCUAUUCCUAAUAUGCAAUUUAAAGCAUCAGACGAAGAAUUAUUUGAGGACAACCCAGAAGAAUAUAUUCGUAGAGACAUUGAAGGUUCUGAUGUGGAUACAAGAAGAAGAGCAGCAUGUGACUUAGUUAAAGCACUUUCAAAAGAGUUUGAACAAGUUACUAUGUCUUCAUUUGGUUUAUACGUGAAAUCUAUGUUAGAUCAAUAUGCAGCUAAUGAACAAAAUUGGCGUAGUAAAGAUGCUGCAUUAUUUUUGGUAACAACACUAGCAUCAAGAGGAAGUACUCAACGUCAUGGUACUACUAAAAUUAGCGAACUUGUUAAUUUAGAAGAAUUUACCACUAUGCAUGUACUACCAGAACUAGCAAAACCAAAUAUUAAUGGAAUGCCUGUUAUGAAAGCUGAUGCAAUUAAAUAUAUAGUGACGUUCCGUAGUGUAUUACCUCCUCAAGUCAUUGUUAGCACGUUACCAGCACUUACAAAGCUUUUAGAAGCUGAGAGUGUAGUUGUUAGGAUUUAUGCUGCAGCUGCUAUUGAUAAAAUUUUACUUUUAAAACAACCUGACUCUAAAACUCCAGUGGUUGAUGCAGCAACAUUAUCUCCAUUUGCAGAACAAUUAAUUAAAUCCCUCUUUGGAAUUUUAACUAAACCCGGUUCAGAAGAAAAUAGCCACACUAUGAAAGCUAUAAUGAGAACAUUUUUAACACUGAAACAACAAAUAAUUCCCCUUUUGGCUGAACUCUUACCUGUCCUGACUGACAAACUUACUAUUGUUGCUCGUAAUCCUAGUCAGCCAGAAUUUAAUCAUUUUCUUUUUGAAACUAUUUCAUUUUGUGUAAAACUAGUUUGUACUGUAACACCUGAAGGAGUUGGUUCAUUUGAAGGAGUAUUGUUUCCUAUAUUUCAAAUUAUUUUGCAGCAAGAUAUUUUAGAAUUUAUGCCAUAUACGUUCCAAUUGUUGGCUCAACUACUUGAAUUCCACAGUCCCGGUAAUGUGGGUGACACCUAUACAAUAUUAUAUCCAUUUUUAUUAACACCAGUGCUGUGGGAGAAAACCAGUAAUAUUCAUCCAUUAGUUAGACUCUUAAGAUCAUAUGUGCGUAAGACUGCUCCAGAAAACUUUGAAAAAUCUCUGAAUAUUAACGGACUUUUAGGCGUGUUUCAAAAACUUAUUGCAUCAAAAUCACAGGAUCAAGAAGGAUUCAGAUUACUGAAAACAAUAAUAGAGCAUUGUCCUAUGGAAGUAUUACAAUCUCAGAUGAAAAAUAUAUUUGUUCUCUUAUUUCAACGACUAACUUCAUCUAAAACAACUAAAUUUAUACGUGAACUUAUUGUGUUUAUAUUCUUCUGUGUUAUCAAAUAUGGUGCAACAUUUAUGGUGGAUCUCAUAGAUUCAAUUCAAAAUGGUAUGUUUGGUAUGCUUUUGGAGAAAAUUAUGUUACCAGAUGUUCAAAAAGUAACUGGAAAUAUUAAUAAAAAGAUUACUGCAGUUGGCAUCAUAAAGGUACUUACAGACACUCAAAAGUUAAUUGAUGGACCUUAUGCACAAUUUUGGGCUCUCCUUCUUCAAUCUGUUGUUUGCUUGUUUGAACUUCCAGAAGAUGAAACUGUUUAUUCAGAAGACAAAUUAUUACAAGAUGACAAUGAUAACUCUUAUGAAGCUGGUUACUCUCAACUUGCUUUUGCAAGUGAAACUGAAUAUGAUCCUUUAGAAGGAAUCGAAGCAAAAGUUUUCCUAGGUCAAUCAUUAACCAAACUCAUGAACCAAUUACCUGGACGAGUAUCUAUACUAAUGAGUCAAGGAAUUACUGAAGAGCGGCGUGCACAAAUUCAAAACUAUUUAAUUAGUCUCAAUGUACAAAUUAUGUGAAUUGUAUGUGUCAUUGUCUCGUUGAUCAAAGAUCCCAACAUUAUUUAAAUUAAUUUUGUACCUUAUAUGUAUCUGAAAAAUAAUUUAUUUUUCUUGAGUUUUAAAUAAUUAUUUUGUUUAACAGCCACAAACACAAAAUAUCUUUUUUUUCUGUUCUGUUACAAUAUUAUAAUAAAUAACAUUUUUUUUUAA